AUGGAAAAUUACGAUCAUCUUAUUAAAUACAAUGAUGAUGGUCACUCCGUUAGUGUACCAUUUGGUCGUGCUGCGGAAUAUUAUAUAUCGAAACAUCCUUUAUUAAAGAAUAUCAGAUUAAAGGCGAGAAGUAGAUUAAGAGCACCACAACUUGUGAAUAAUGGAAUUAUUACACUUAAAAGAGUCGAAGGUGCCGUUGAUUACGUUGAAUGGACAACAUCAAGCGGUAAAACAAAAUCAACAAAUAGAAUCGAUGAUAUUAUUGAAUUAACUGAAAAGGGUGAAAAAUUGGUUGAAAAAAUUCAAGAAGGAAAACAAAAAGAUAAAUUAUGUUGGAGUUGGGUAAUGUAUUGUGCCGGUGAUGGGAAUACUUGUCAACAUUUAUGUGGUGGGAUCGGAACAUGUAAUCCUGAUUGUCCAAAUGCGAAUUUACCUAAUAACUUAAAAAAUAGUAAUGAUAUACAUCGUUGUAGACUUCGUGUAGUUACCGAAUCAAGAUUAUCUUGGAUUAAAACCCCUCAUCAAUUAAAAAUUAAAAUUGAAGGUUGGCAUUUACCUCCUAACGUUCUUGUGACUCAUGAACCUCAAGUUACGAGAGUUAAUCUCACACGUUCCGCUCGGGAUAAAAUUAUAAUUAGUCGUAGAGCUGAUCGUUGGACCGCUGAUGUUGUUAAGAAUAAAAUUUUGGUUUCAAAACAAGGUGCGACUGAAGAUGAUCUUCAUCAAGAAGUUGUUAAGAAUAGAGAUAUUUGUAAUAGCAAACAACUUAAGAGACUUAUCAUACGUGAUGAUCGUAGGGUUAAGGACAAUUCGGGUCCUUGGACCGUACUUCAAAAUUAUAUUCAAGAUGUAUUGAAACCUCGUGGUCACGUUUUAUAUUAUCAUACUCCUGAUCUGUCCGCUCCUGAUGAUUCCCCCGAACGUUAUUAUCAAUUAAUCGUUUCCGAUGAUUUAUGGUUAAUGAAUGGUCGAAAUUAUGGUCAUUAUUGUUUCUGCAUAGAUGGGAACAAUGAAUUGAAUAUGGAUCGAGCAACUGUUUUAACCAUGGUUGUCGAGACAGAUCUCGCGUUGAGCAACGGAGAUGAUAAGACACCUGUACGUUGUGCGAUUACGGCUAUCAGGAAGAAUCUUCCAUGUAGUCUUGAGGAUUGUGAACACCCGUGGCAUUAUGAGGAUUUACCUAAUGAAAGAGGAUUCAAAAGGAUACGUAAAUGUUCGCAAGAUCAACCGUGGAAUCCAAUUGCAAUGAUCGAUCAACACCUUCCAAUCAAGAAAGUUCUUGAUGGUGUGGUCGCUGGAACUUGUCUUUCUUGGACUUUUCUAAUGCAAAAGUUGGCUGAAAAUUUAAAGAAUUGGGAUGUAUCUCGUUCAUUAAGAUAUCCAAUCGCGUUGGGAUAUAAGAUAAUUGGAAGGAGUCGAACGGAAGAAGAAUCGGCUGACAUGGCACGAUUGUUUAAAGUGUUUAUUGACUCAAUUCCAUUAACCUGCGUACAAAAGAACUCGAUCAAGGAGGACUUGGAUAUAAAUUGGAUGAACGAUGAAUGGCGUUGCAUGAUUGUUGAUAGGUGUAGAGAAUAUCCCGAUCAGAAUUCUGAUCAGUUGAGAAAGCCAAUGACCACAAAUAGCCUUACUGAACGGAUCACGAAGAGAGUAAUUGUUCAACUUGAUGGUAAAUUAACACCUUUAGCAUUCCUUGAAAGACUUUUUGGAGUUAAAUUACGCAGAGAUGUUUUACAUGCAGAUAAUUUUCCUAGCGAGGAUAAUCAAGAUAACGCUGGAUUAAUAACCUUCUUCAAUUCUCAAUCAUUUGAUCAUCAUAAAGAUUAUUAUUAUAAGACACAAUUAUCUGCUGAUAUGGUUCGUAGUUUAAACCUUGGAAGAUUUUAUUUCUUAUCAGAAUUAGUUGAACCAACAGAUGAACCACAUUGUUAUUAUGUUAAAAGACACGAUGAACCAUAUCUUACAUUAACAUCAUCAUAUGAUGGUAAAUUAAUUUCAUUGGAUGGGAAUGCUAUGGAAAAAUUAAAUAUCAUGAUGAAUAGAUUUAUCGAAAGGCAUGAAAUUGUUGCAAAAGAAGGAUAUUAUAUGGCAAACAUUAAAACGGGAGAAUGUUUAUUAUGUUAUGAUUUUAUUUGGAAUGGAAGAUUUCGUGAUACUUGCAAACAUGUUCACGCGGCUAAGCUUUACGCGGAAGCACAACGUAUUGGUGAUUUUGCUUCUAUAAUUAAUGAAACUAAAAUUAAGUUAAUAGAAUAUUUUAAUUGUAGAGAAAUUAAUGAAACUCAACAAAAUACUUGUAUAAGAAGAGGAACUGUUGAUGCAGCUUUUGCCGAAAUUCAAAGAUUAUAUGUAAUAUCAGGAGACAAGAUAUUUGACUCGACAAUGUUAUACAAUGAUACGUGUAUAGAUCCUUUCCGUAAUUUCAAACAAAAGAGACGAAUUGCAUCAAAACAAAGUAUUCCCGUAACAUCCAAGAAAGCACGUAUUUCAGAGUAUAAACAAGGAGUUGCAAUUAACGAACACAUCGAAGGAUUACAAGCGACAUCAUCAUACGAUUUACAACGAAAUGAACUAACAACAGAUAUUGGCUCCUCCUUUAUUGAUCCGUCAAUUUCAAGGGUUGGGAGAGAAGAAAGCGGAGUACCAAUCAACGAGUUCACCUAUUCUUCAUUCGAAAGACCAUCUAGCAAAAGAGCUUAA